GCCGGCUGCCGGGACCCGGAAGUCAUGGAGAUAUCCCUGGAGGACCCUGUUACCACCUGCCUUUCUGCCCCAGUGUAUCAUCUGAUCUGUGAACUCGGGCGUGAAGUCCGAGAACAUCAUGCUAUCAGUAGCAUUGUGGCUGGGAACGGGGACGUGUGCUGGAAGACGAUCACAGACUGUGUGGUUGGUGCCGAGUCAGCCCAGGGUCUGGAUUACCAGGGAAGCGUGAGGCUGCUGGGCCCUGUGUGUGAGGCUGUCCACAUGCAUUUCUCAUCUCUGACCAAGGGGCAGUUUGAAGUCCAGUAUGCACCGUGGUUCCAGUGGACAAGUUCUCCAGAGUUGUUUCCAGAAAUAUUUGAUGCCUUGGAGAGUCGUGAGUGCCCUGCUGUUGCUCUUAGCCUCAUGAAGCUGACGGCCUGUCUGGAACGGGCCCUGGGAGAUGUGUUUUUGCUGGUUGGGAAAGAAUGCCCAUUUCUUUUAAGAGAUCUGCUUGCCUCUGCAGAGCUUGCUCAAGUCUUCGGGCAGUCUGUGAUGCACGUCCUGACGGUCUUCGUGGGCUCUCCGCGCGGACUCAACCUGCGCAACGUCCUGUGGCACGGGUUCGCGUCCCCUCAGGAAGUUCCUCCCAAGUACUGUUCGAUGCUGGUGCUGCUGACCGCGGGGCUGGGCCAGCUGCUGGAGGCCUACCUGAAGCAGACAGAGCGCACGGUGGCCCAUCGGCCGCUCCUCACGCUCGUGGACUCAGAGGACUGGACCGUCUUCCCUGCUGCUACUGACGAGGUCCUUUCGGUGUGGGAGGAAGUGGUGAGGAAAUCCUCUCUCGUCCUGAGGAUCAUGCUGCCAUAUUGGGAAGUCGCGUUGACCAAGUUCAGGACACACAGGUUCGCCGACUGUGCCAUGCUGCUGUUGACACAGCUGGAGACUGGGCUGCGGCACCUGUUCGCCAAGGUUAACCAUUGUCCCAGGAGACUUCUGACGGCCGAGUCGGCAGCUCUGUACACCACCUUUGAUGAAAUGUUGGCACGACACCUGAGUGAUGGCGAGAUCAACCAGCUUCCUCUUGUCCUCGGGGAGCCUGCGAUGGAAUUCCUCUGGGACUUCCUGAACCACCAGGAGGGUCCUCGUGUGCGCGAUCACCUCAGCCACGGGGAAGUCAGCCUCCCUGCGUUUCCCAAGGGGAUGGCCGAGCAGCUGCUUGCCUUUUCCCUGGUGCUGCUGCUGAGAUUCGUGGAGGAAGACCUAGCGUCAGAGGUCAAGGAAAAGGCAGCGAUAAAGGCGCUGGUCAGGCUGGCGGAAGGCUACAGUGCCCGCUUCCACCCAGUCGCGCUGAUUAAAAAACAGGUGCUGAGCUGUGAGGAGAGCAUCCGGUCGUGGCCUCUGCUGCCUUUGCCGGAGGACGCUGCGCGGGAAGCGGCCAGAUUAGGUGGCAGUUCUGAAGCCAGUGUCUGCGAGCCUUUGAUUAUGAAGAUCAUGUCUGAGCUGUGCCGCCACGUGCCUGGGCACCGCGCUUUCCAGGGCACGGACAGCCUUCCUGUUGAGAGGUGGCCUCGGCCGCUCCCGUACGUCUGCAGCCUCCGUGUGCCGACCCUGUUCUGCCCCAGAGCCGUCCUGGAGGUGCUGACUGUGCUCCGAAGCAUCAGCUCACGCUGCGCCCAGGUGUCCCGGCAGGUGGCGGCCUCCCUGGAGCUCAGGGGCCGGCAGUGGGCGGAGAAAACGCUGCGCUCCCGGCAGAGGCAGAACUUCCUGCGCAUGGUGAGCAGUGUUAAGCUUCUGUCCCCGGUGCUGUCCCUGGUUGUGUUGCUGGUGGCGCUGGAAGCGGUCAGCGUUCACGGCGUUUGUGGAGAAAAGCCCUGUGACCGCCAGCGGUACCUCAGGUUCUUGAAGUCGGUCCUGCAGUUCACCGAGAACCUGGCGGCCUGCACCAGCCCCGCCAGGAACCGGUGGGGCGAGGUGGCCCGGCUCACGCACGCAGCGCUGCUGGGCAUCUGGGCUUUCAGCGAGAGGAGGCAGAUGCUCAUCCAGGGAGCGGGAGCUCCCGGUGAGACCGCCCCCGAAGACACGUCGGCAGCUCAGUCAUGCCAGGAGCCCCCCGGAUGGACGUCGCAGACUGCAGACUGGGGUCCAGGGGAGGCGGUUCCAGGGACACGCUCCCCGUGGUGA